AUGGCUAUUGCUGGUGUCAUAGGACCUGGUGUCUUUAUUGGUAUGGGAAACGCUUUACAUGCUGGGGGACCAGUUGGUCUUCUUGUCGGAUUUUCAAUUGUAGGUAUAUUGGUUAUGGUUAUGAUGGGAUGCAUAGGUGAAAUGAAUACCAUGUUUGACUUCAAUUUUAAUACGCACUCUGCUAGAUGGGUUGAGCCAUCCUUUGGAGCAGCUAUUGGAUGGAGUUACAUUUUGAUUUGGAUCUGUAACAUUAUUGCUGAAUAUGUCUCAGCAACAUCCGUACUAUCAUUUUACAGCACAAAAGUGCCUAUGUAUGGGUACUAUUUGAUAUUGUGGGGUACUUUUUCAGUUUAUCAAAUGUUCGGUGUUGAUGUAUUCGGAGAAGUAGAGUUUAUCUUGGCCUGGAUUAAGUUAUUAUUUAUUACUGGCUUCUAUUUAUUUGCAGUGAUAUUUGCAGCUGGUGGAAUACCAAAUCAUUCCCCUGGAAACCCAUUUAAGGAAUAUCCAUUAGCUAAUGGCUUCAAAGGUAUAGCUAAUUCAUUUGUUUAUGCGGGAAUUUUUUACACUGGAAUAGAAAGUCUUUCAAUGACUUUUCUGGAACUGAAGAACGUUAAGAAAGCUGUCCGUACUGCUGUUAGGCAGACAAUUUUCCGUAUAAUCUACGUUUAUUUUGGAAUUACAAUUACCUACGGGAUUACUGUGCCAUGGAAUGAUGAAGGUUUAUCAACUGAGAACAAGACAUUGAGAUCCCCGAUGACUAUAGCUUUAAUAAAGGCUGGGUGGACAAAUGCUGGUUAUUUUGUAACAACUAUGAUCUUUAUUACAUGUUUGUCGUCUAUUAACAGUGCAAUAUAUUUCUGCGCCAGGUCAUUAACUAGACUAGCCGUGGACGGUUAUGCCCCACAAAUAUUCACCAAAGUAACUAAAAGUGGUGUUCCGUGGGUUUCAACUCAGACAGUCCACCUUUUUGGGUUCUUAUCAUUGCUUGCAAUGGAUAGUAGUUCUGCAGUAGCAUACAACUAUAUUGUUUCUUUAGGAGGUAUUUCUGCUUUUAUAGUUUGGACUGGAGUAGUUUUUGCUCACUACAGAUUUAGAAAAGGCUGGAUACUACAAGGGAAUUCACUUGAUGACUUACCAUUUAAGCUCCCAUUAUUUCCAUAUCUUAAUUACAUUGCAAUAUUUCUCGGUGCGUUAUUAUGUUUAGUUCUGGGUUGGUCUACGCUUAAACCAUUUGAUGCUGGAAGCUUUGUGGAUCUAUACAUAAUGCUUCCCAUCUUCUUUUUAAUGUGGAUUGUGUUUAAAGUUUUGUUCAAAACUAAAUGGAUCAAAUAUACUGAAAUGGAUUUUCAGUCAGGUAGAGUUGAUGUUAAUGAUAGUGGAGUUUUUGAAACGAAAACCUCUUUAGAAUCAUGA